AGCGUCCUGGAAUGCCGUCUGGAGCGAGGAUGCCCCACCAGGGUGCUCCCAUGGGCCCCCCCGGACCUCCGUUUGGUGGGAGCCCCACGGUGCGGCCCGGCCUGCCCGCCCCGGUCAUGGAGCCCAGCCGUAAGAGACCUGCCCCCUCCCAGCAGGUCCAGCAACAGCAGAACGUCCAGAACCGGGCCAGAAAGUGAGUCACACGUCCAGGAUCCAUCCAAGAUCCAACCCCGUCCCCUCUCACCACUGCAUGGCUCUGUGUCUGUGGUUUGUCCCCUAGCCCUGUUUUCUCCAUGCCUCUGGUCAUGUUUCUGUGUGUGAUAUCUGCAAUUCACCAUCUGCAUUUAUCAGACUGAGUGUUUGUCACUGUUGUACAGUGAGUAUCUCUGUGUGGGCUCCCCCUUUCUGCUUGCUUUAGUCUUGCAACCUCUCCACUACUCUCUCUGACACUGCUCACCCCUCAUCUACAUUGAGCGGUUGGGUUAAGCCAAUGUAUGACCGCUGUCUUCGGUCUGUUUUGUGGUCUGUGGUCUGUUAGCUGUUAGCUGUCAUGGUAUAUUGUUGUCUACCAUCUACACUCCUCAGAAUGAGAGCUGACCUGGGCUCUGGGCUGUAAUGCAUUGUCUCCCCGUUAACAAAUCAGUCUAUCCCAAUAAUAAUCAUAACAAAUCAGUCUAUCCCAAUAAUAAUCAUAACAAAUCAGUCUAUCCCAUUAAUAAUCAUAACAAAUCAGUCUAUCUAUCCAAUAAACAUAACAAAUCAGUCUAUCCCAAUAAUAAUCAUAACAAAUCAGUCUAUCCCAAUAAUAAUCAUAACAAAUCAGUCUAUCCCAUUAAUAAUCAUAACAAAUCAGUCUAUCCCAAUAAUAAUCAUAACAAAUCAGUCUAUCCCAAUAAUAAUCAUAACAAAUCAGUCUAUCCCAAUAAUAAUCAUAACAAAUCAGUCUAUCCCAAUAAUAAUCAUAACAAAUCAGUCUAUCCCAAUAAUAAUCAUAACAAAUCAGUCUAUCCCAAUAAUAAUCAUAACAAAUCAGUCUAUCCCAAUAAUAAUGCAGGACAAUCCAGUCGUCCAGUAGAUAAUGCCAAUAUAGCUCAGUUUGAAAUAAACAUGACAAUCUCAACCCAUUAAUGAGUCAUUCAAUCAGCCAUAUAAAAAAAACAAAUAGUUAUAUAAUAAUCUAACGUAAGUCCUCCGAUAAAUCACUAAUACAAACAUCUAUCAAUAAUUAAUCAUAACAAAUCAGUCUAUCCAAUGAACAACCACAGAGUGUGUUGUGCUUCACAUGUAGACCAAGAGUUAUGACUCAUGAAUAAUUCCUGAGGGUGGUGAAUUAGCCAGGUAUAGUUACUAGAGAGAAGAUCAAAAUGCACUCCUCUCUCUGCAGUGCAAUUGAUCCACUCACAAUUAAGCAGCCUUGUCAAACAAGGGCCAGGGAAAUGUUGUCCUGUCUCGGUCCUCCACCCCCCACCUCCAUGGCUCCCUCCCUGUGGCGGGCCUGCCUGAUCGAUGGCCCAGGGUGACCCAGUAGGUGACACUAUCUCUGGGAAAGUGUAUGCUUGUCCUCUGGUAGUCGACGGCCCCCUCCCCAGUCAACUGCCUAGCAGAGCACAGCCACCUGAGUUUGCAGUGUCAUUGAGACCAUAUGGCUAUUGGCUAGACCCAUGUGAGCUCGCCGUGUCGAGACAGCGCUUUCCUACCCACACAAACCUGCCACUGCUUUGAAAAAUAGGCCAUAUUCAAAUGUAAAUGUACAUAAAUGCUAGAAAUAGUGUUUGUGUAAUUGCAGUGGAGUCAAAGAUCAGUUUUAAUGUGAUACUUUUUGCAGUGUAUACAUUAGACAAUAGGCAGGGUGUUUUGGCUGAGAGUUAUAGGACAGUCCAUACUGAGUCGUGAAAAAGUUCAGGUGCAGCUACAGCACCACAGAUAUUCAACACUACAGAGAAAGCACACUGCCUACAUAGAAGCACCCAGAUAUGCCCAGUUUGCCCACAAGCUACUUUCAUCAAUACUACCUGGAUCAUAGCAGAACUAGAGAGGUGACAUUUUCUCUGCUUCUCUGUCCUUUUCCUCGUGUGCUACUCUGUGUCUUUGUCCCAGUGUGUUCAUUACCAGUGUGUCUGCCUGUUAUUAGUGUGCCAUUUAAACACUGAAACACUGAAGUGAGUGAAGCAUGAUUCCCCAUGGUCCAAUGAGAACCUUCCUUGCUGGACAAGCAUCCAAUGAGACGUCCAGAUCCACUGAUCACCAGAAUCCACUAUGUCCUCCUCUCUCACUUUGUGUGUGCAUGCACACAGAUGCACCCCCACACUGCUGCCUGUACAUACUACCGAAACACUUGCACCGAUACUAACACACCCAUUGUCAUACAUGCACAUACACACACGACCACAGAGUGUGUCCUUCAGUACAGACAUCUUGCUUGCUGCUACCAGUGUGUUGCCACACCAACCAACCUCUCUAAUCGGACAACCUUCAAAUCCCAUCAACCCUUAGGAAGCCAGUGGGAUUCCCUGGAGCCAAUGAGAUGCCAGCGAGGCAGAUGGACAUGAGAGAUGCCCAAUCAGAUCCAACGCUCGGAUCAAAGUAGGAGUAUAUUCUGCUGCAUGUCCGUUUUUUCACACGUUUUUUCUCGCCACUCUGCCCUCUGCCCUCUCCCCUGACCCCCGACACUCGACCCUAGCACUUCCUAGUGUAGGCUCGGUCACCCCACCCCCACAUGUAACCCCAAACAAACCCCUGUGUUUCUCUCCCCAUGAGGAAAGCUUAACCAGGUGUUCAUAACGGUAUAUCAGAAUGUGCUGAUGCAUGCUGUAGACUGAAGCAUGGCAUGAUGGGAACAAAUUAUACUGUGUCUCUUUUAGGAAUGUCAGCUGAACACCAAAGGAUGCCCUAAUCUAACCUCUCCUAUCAACUACAACUUUUUCUGUUUUGCCAAGAUGUGAUCUCUAGACUGAUUCCCAGUUUAAGACCCUCAGAUCCCUUUGAAAUGUAACCCAGACCCCGAUAUUGCUCUAAAGUGUUUGACUAUUUGGCCCGUUAACAUACCGUAAUUAUUUUGCCCUGCUCCGUUAAAAGAUUUCUGAGUGAGACUGAGGUCCCUGCUGGUAUACCAAUGUCUAAUACAGUUUUACAGCACUCCCAUUUCCUCACACUAUAUCUAUCCCAAACCGUUAGAUUAUACAUGUCCGUCUCCGUCCUAUGGUAUACUAAACGCAGGGCUUCCAACAUGGCUUCCCUUGGACCCCAACCAGAUGUGCUGAGGAGCUUGAGAGAGCACAAACCAAUGACACUGUAUACUAUUUCAAACUUGUUCUCUCAAAUCAGUGUCUGAGCCCAAUAUUAACAAUGCACCACUGUUUCGGGGAUAACCGAUUUGUAACAAAAAUAACAAAAGCAUAAUGUAAGCCGAAGUUCACUGAGGAGGCACAGACUGCAGCUGCAGACACUACCUAGACAGCCAAGCAGAGUUUGAAGGCAUCUAAACCAAACCAGCACACCUCAUUUGCCUUAGCAGGGAUCCAUGGUAAGUAACCCAUCAGGUGUCGUAACAAUGAUGUCCAAGACAGGAAAUGGAAAUAUCUCUCCAUACAUUUUCAAUACUUUUUCAUACCCAAAGAAUUUGACAUGUCUGUGAGCUGCUGAAAGAUAAUAGGAAACUAUCUUAUUCCUCAUCGGAAAGAAGAAAGUUGGAUUCGGAAGCAUUGUCAUUGGUGGUCACAUAGCAUAUUGGGCUCUGGAGACAGCCACAGUUGGCAUAGGAGCCAAAACUCACAAACAUACACACAAUCUAUACGCAGUGGAUGGUAUAGCAUGAGUCAUGAGGGGUUAGUGCAUGAGGUUUUUAAUGUGACACUUUGAAUGUCACGGGUUCCUGCUCUCCAGGUGGCAUACCAUACGCCUGCCUCUGCUGGAUCCCCCAAAACACAUACACACAUCUGCAUUGCGUACACACACACGCAUGCACACACAUGCGCACCGCACACGCACACACAGCUGGGACACUGGGGUGCUGGAUGUGGCCCAGGAUUUUAGCAGAUGGCCUGGGCGCUACACUAUCAGUCACCAUAGUAACAUGCUCUCUUUUCCUUUUUCUCUCUGUCUUUCUCUCCCUCUGUAGCGCCAAGAGAAGGAAAAUGGCCGACAAGAUUCUUCCACAGAGGGUGAGAUUGCAUAUAUUUUGCUUUUUCCCCCCCGUUACCGGAGUGUUUGUGUGUGCGAUUCUCUGUUGAAUAGAAACCGCGUGUGUGUGUUUUGAUCUCAGGGCUUGGAGGGGCAGAUGAUUAUGUGUUGAUAGAAAUGGAGCGAAAGGAGAUGCCCGGGUGAUCAGAGGCUUGGCGCAGGCUUGGCAGUGGGCGCCGCUUUUCAAUUGUUCAUCUUAUUUACGAAUGGAACAAUCAAUAGACUGGUAGGAAACAGAACGAAUAUGACACAACGUAUGAGGCAAUAGAGUGGGCACAUCUUACAUUUACAUUUAUAUCAUUUAGCAGACGCUCUUAUCCAGAGCGACUUACAAAUUGGUGCAUUCAACUUAUGAUAGCCAGUGGGACAACCACUUUUACUUUUAUACUAUCCCAGUUAUUCCUUAAAGAGGUAGGGUUUCAAGUGUCUCCGGAAGGUGGUCAGUGACUCCGCUGUCCUGGCGUCGUGGGGGAGCUUGUUCCACCAUUGGGGUGCCAGAGCAGCGAAUAGCUUUGACUGGGCUGAGCGGGAACUGUGCUUCCGUAGAGGUAGGGGGGCUAGCAGGCCAGAGGUGGAUGAACGUAGUGCCCUCGUUUGGGUGUAGGGUCUGAUCUUCUCUCCAUAGGUGAGGGUGUGUCCAGUGUGUGGUCCCAGUCAGGGCAAAAGAAACCCACAGCGAGCCUCUGUCCUCUGCCUGCCUGCCUGAGCCAUAGCCUCCGCUCUCCACUCCCUGCCCUGUCUCAGCUCGGCCCAGCCUGUGGUUGCAUUGGUUGGCCGUUGAUUUUGUAAAGGCUGUUGUUGGUGACAGUGGACUGGAGCCCCAUGCUACUCUCAGUCGCUCCUAUAGGCAUCUCUGUAGUCUGUGGGUCUUAUCGUAACACAAGCCAGACACAGGGAAUGGAGAUAGCUGUAUGACUCAGGCGCCACAACGAUGACUCAGGGACAGGGAAUGUCUGUCAAUGCAUUCUGUCUGCACUACACCUCAACCUGGCGACAGACAGACAUGCAGAUAGAGAAGGAAUGAGAUGGUCGAGGGAACAAUGAAGGGAGAGACAGGUAGAGAGAAAGAGUAAGGGAGGGGUAAUGCAGUGGGAGAAUCUGGGAGUCUGUGCCCAGUUUGGUAAGCAGCCUUGGCAGUGUGCCGACUCCCUCAGGGAGGGUAGGGGCGGUGGGUUGUCUUGGCUCUGCUGCACCCUCUGCAUUUCAAAUGCGGACUUAGCAGCACUAAAAGCUGGAUUGGUGCACCAAUUAGUGAGCGGUGCUGGGCAGUCACAGCUCCUAUGGGCACUACUGCCGGCUCUAUCACCUUCAUUAGGUGUCACUCCUUCUGUUAGAGAAGGACAAAAAUAUUUUUGGGGCAAAUGAUGGCUUUAGAGAAUACAGUCACAGCUGCAGUGCAGACACCAGACAUGCUUUGAUGGCAGUAUGCCUUACCGUGCCUUAAUAAAACCAAAGCUCAAAUAUAUAAGUUAUUUUUUUUUUCUAAAGCAAGGUAUAGCAUUGGAUAUGAUACAGUAUACUGUGUGGGCUGUCAGAGACUCUGACUGAGAGAAUUGGUUCUUGUUCCCCCCCCUCUGAUAAGAUCCGGGAGCUGGUCCCGGAGUCCCAGGCUUACAUGGACCUGCUGGCCUUUGAACGUAAACUGGACCAGACCAUUAUGCGUAAACGGGUGGACAUCCAGGAAGCCCUGAAGAGACCCAUGAAGGUAACAAAUCAUAGGCCUAAAGUAUCUCACUACUAUACUAUACUACACUGUGUGUACAAACAUUAAGGACACCUGCUCUUUCCAUGACAUAGACUGACCAGGUGAAUCCAGGUGAAAGCUAUGAUCCCUUCCAUUGAUGUCACUUGUUAAAUCCACUUCAGCCAGUGUAGAUGAAGGGGAGGAGACAGGUUCAAGAAUUGAGACAUGGAUUGUGUAUGUGUGCCAUUCAGAGGGUGCCUUUGAACGGGGAAUGGUAGUAGAUGCUAGGUGCACCGGUUUGUGUCAAGAACUGCAACGCUGCUGGGUUUUUCACGCUCAACAGUUUCCCUUGUGUAUCAAGAAUGGUCCACCAUUUCAGAUUUACAUAUGAUUAUUUUUCAUGAAGUAGUUUGGAUGUAGUAAACUACUUUUUAAAGUAACUUUAGUUAAGUAAACUAUAUUUUUCUUAAAGGUAGCUUUAGUGUAGCUUAACUUCUUCCAGUGUGAAGUAAUUGGUAGCUUGGUAAACUAUAUUUUCAGAGUAGCUUCCCCAACACGGUAUAAUAUACUAUGCUAUACUAUACUUUACAUACAUACUAUGCACUAUACUAUGCACUACACUAUACUAUACUGUAUAGUUUACUAUACUUUACUCUUCAGUUUAUAUAAAUCAUUACGAUACUGGUACAUACUAGUACCAAAGUGCCAAGACUGAUGUGUAGAGAAAUGACCUUCUUUGUGUUUGUGUUGACAGCAAAAGCGUAAACUGAGGCUGUACAUCUCCAACACCUUCAACCCUGCCAAGCCUGACGCUGACGACUCGGACGGCAGUAUUGCAUCAUGGGAGCUGCGGGUUGAGGGGAAGCUGCUGGAUGAUGUGAGUGUUCUACUUCCUGUAGUACAAUGCAAUGCCACUGUAUCAAUUAAUCAUUACUGGUUUGUUCGAUUCAGCAAAAUAUCCUUUGAUUUUGUUUAGUUCCUAUUUUCUCUUAUUGUAAAGUCUCCUCUAUGGAUGUUGGUGGUUAUGAACGGUUAUUUUUCAACUGUAUCCCUACCACUAAGUCAGUUACAUUUUCUCCUCAGGACAUAUUUUCUGGUGGUUGGUAUUUGAAUGUGGCAGCAUGGUGGGUUAAAAUUACUUUUGACCACGGUGAAAUACCUUAAUAAAAACUGAGGCCAUGUCUUAAUCCUUCAACCAAGUAUGAAAAUUGCUAGCUCUUUGAUCCAGGAGCUGCUUUGUGGUGUGUUUGCCCCACAGUCAUGUACGGCAGUCUGGUAUAGUUCUAACAUAUGUCCAUGACUCCACCGUCGGCCCACUUCAGUCAGCAACAAGAGUUGUUUGUUUGGUUAGGCCUUCGGAGGAAUGAUCAAUGUUUCGCAAAAUGUUUGCACAGAUUAUGCCUGCAGCAGGAAACGCAAGAUGGCCAUAGAUUGCUUUUGCAGAGUUAGCUCGACUUCAAAUGGUGGCUCGACUCAAAUGCACUCAUCAGUUUCGAGGCAGGGUUGUCAUUUCAUAGCGGUUUGGACCAUUUAAGGUUUUAGAGCCCACAAAUAUUUGGAAUCAACUUUUAAGGCAGUGGACCCUGAGAAUAUCCUGUUUUCACAUUGUAUGUGGUCUCCUUCUACGUCUUUGGUCGUCCCCUAGGGCUUACAGUAGAUACAAUGAUAUCACUACUUUGGUGUCCAAGAAAUGUUGCUAUAGUCAAUGACAACAGUAUAUAUCAAGUUUUCUAAGGCAGGUGUUGAACAGUACUUCGUAGUGGUUUAGUUGGAAUUACUCCCGGAGACUGAUGUUCAGUAGCCAGGAAAAAGAUAGGGUCAGACUACAACAAACUGGUUUACAAAAGGGGGAAACCCUAUCUACAAUGUAGACAUGUUUGCCCGUGUGUGUGUGUGCAUGUGUGCAUGUGAGAGUUUUUGCUUGUUACACUCUUAAAAUGUUCAUAUCAGCCCAAAUGUUCCAUCCAUGUUAAACUAACUCACCACCUCGCUUUGUUUCAUAGCCUGGGAAGCUGAAGAGGAAAUUCUCCUCAUUCUUCAAGAGCCUGGUGAUCGAGCUAGACAAAGACCUGUAUGGUCCUGACAACCACCUGGUAGAGGUGAGUUCAUGUUCUCUGAUGACCGAUGACCGUAUGCCUGCACCCUCUGUCCUCUCUGUCUCACCCUCGUCUCCUCUACCCUGUCUGUGUCCCGCCCAUAGAAAUAGAAUGAGAAUGAAAUGUAUUUUUUGUAGUCACUUUGUGCUUUACUGCUUUGGGGACCCUCAAAAUGGCCCCCAGUCCACCCAUUAUGGCAUAAUUAACCUGAAUGGAGACGUCCGUUCUAUUCAUUCUAAUUCUAUGGUCCCGCCAUUCAGCCUCAUCCAGAUCUAUUCAGCAGGUUUUGGGCAAACAAGGGGUUAACCGUAGUCUUUAACCACUAAAGACUCUUGGCAUUGUAUCUUUAGUUACAAUGCAGCUCACAAUAUUGCUGCACUCCCGCUGUACAAGAUUAGGCCAUUGGCUACAUGUGUGGUUUAGUGAUACCAGAUGGUUUGCAUUUAGUUAUGAUUCAGAGAAAAUAAAUACACUAUUCUCAUGUAUUUAGCCUAUUUUGGUAUUGUUGGCUACUGGAAGACCUGACAUCACUGUUGUUCAGUUAGCUGGAUGAUGCCAUCAUCCGAGAACAGAUCUUUUACUUAAGAGGCAGUAGAAUCACAGCCAGUCCUAUUCACCUUAUUACUCUCAUAUAGCGAGUUUAUGACAUCUGAUUUUAGUAUUAAAGGGGUUUAGGAUCUCGAGGAAUCCACUUUUAUCAGAGAAUGAAGAUUUUACCAGAGAAUGGUGUCUGGGGUUCCAACCAUACAAUUCUGUGACCUUUGAAUUGUAAAAACAUGGUUUGGAGAGAAAUCAUGUUUUUGACACUGGAAUCAAAUUCACCCAGCACUGCAGUAUGUGUUAUGGAUUGACAAAAUGCUUCCUUGAGUGUUAGAUGUAAGAGUACUUCUCAAGGUUUCCCACCUUAGAGAAUACCUUAGAAGAUUUUAGCAAGGAUAAACAACAUAGAUAAAGCUUUGCUUGGAAUGAAUCUGUCCAUUUAACAAAAUGUUUCACGACCCUAAAGUACCACAACACAAUUAUGAAAACAUCUUUGUGGAAACCCUACAUUGAGUUAGCGGGUAAAGAAGUAGAAAAGCAUUCCCAGUUCCCUCCCAGUGUUGCAUGCUAAGUGGCUACAAUGCACUGAAACGCAGGGAACUUUAAGUGUUUUUCUUUUUAGCUGCUGACCAGUAAAGCGAAGGUAAGAUGCAGACUCAACUAACAUUUCCACAUAGAUAAAAUACCAAGGAGGGUUUGAGACCCGGAUAACAGAGGAGAAAAUGUAUACAUAAUGACUGUAAUGCCAAAUAGAGGUUUCAUUUGGGUAGGGUACAGUCUCAACUUGAUAAGCCAUGCUCUUGUUAGGUUCCAAAAUAUCUCUGCAGAUUGUCAUUUUCAAUCUGACCAUUAUUGCCAACAUAUCAGUUAGCGACUCUGCAAAAACAAAUGAUCAACCCUCUGCUGUCUUGGUAGUUCACUCAGUUCCUUACCACACCAUGCAUGAUCUAUUCUUUUACAGCGAUUCAGCCUUCCAAAAGACAACAAACACAAAGGGUCGAGAGCAAGGCUGCUCGUUGAAAGUGUACACAUUUGGUUUUGUAUUCUUUUAUCGUCUUUGUGUGCACGUUUGUAUGUACACAUUCAGAAUGUUCUGGAAGUCCGUGGCCGGUGCCUGUAGGUAGUGUUCAAGGUGGAGUUUUUGUCUCUGUGUUUCCUGCUAGUGGCACCGCACUCCCACCACCCAGGAGACUGACGGCUUCCAGGUGAAGAGGCCAGGGGAUGUGAGCGUGCGCUGCACACUGCUGCUAAUGCUAGACUACCAGGUGAGGGCGCCAUAGAGACACUACCCACUGGGCACAGAUGUCAGUUCAAUGUCUAGUUUUGAUUUACAUUUGGUUGAGUUGUCAACUAACGUGAAUCCAACCAAAAAUGUCACCCUGUCAUUGGAUUUAGGUUAAAAGUUGGGUGAAAAAAAGACGAAAAUCUCUUAUGCUGAUGACUUUUUGCAAAUUCAAUCAGUUUUCCACGUUGAUUCAACAUCAUCACAUUGAAUUUGGGGUUGAAAUUACGUGGAAACCACGUUGAUUCAACCAGUUUUUGCCCAGUGGGUAUUCACAUUGUUGUCCACUCAUGUGCUUUCCUAGUUUCAGUAGUACAUGAGGCUAAAAGCUAUUCAGAAGUGUGUCAAACGUGUCCCCAAAGCAGCUGUCAUCUGGCAGUUGUAAUAGUUCCUGUCUGAGGUUCCUAGUUCCUGUCUGAGGUUCCUAGUUCCUGUCUGAGGUUCCUAGUUCCUGUCUGAGGUUCCUAGUUCCUGUCUGGGGUUCCUAGUUCCUGUCUGAGGUUCCUAGUUCCUGUCUGGGAUUCCUAGUUCCUGUCUGAGGUUCCUAGUUCCUGUCUGGGGUUCCUAGUUCCUGUCUGAGGUUCCUAGUUCCUGUCUGAGGUUCCUAGUUCCUGUCUGAGGUUCCUAGUUCCUGUCUGGGAUUCCUAGUUCCUGUCUGAGGUUCCUAGUUCCUGUCUGAGGUUCCUAGUUCCUGUCUGGGCUAGUACUGAUGGUGUUCUCUGACCUCUCCCCAGCCCCCCCAGUUUAAGCUGGACCCUCGUCUUGCUCGCCUGCUGGGUAUCCACACCCAGACCCGCUCCUGUAUCAUCCAGGCCCUGUGGCAGUAUGUCAAGACCAACAAGCUGCAGGACUCCCACGAUAAGGAGUACAUAAACUGUGACAAGUACUUUCAGCAGGUAGACUACACUCUUCUAGUUCUCCUCUGGUACUGUAUUACCUGUUAGCUGUUGCCAUGUUGUUGCCUGUGUCUCAAAUGGCACCAUAUUCCCUAUAUAGUGCACUACCCCAUAGGAGCACUGGUCAAAAGUAGUGCACUAAAUAGGUACUAUGGUGCCAUUUGGGACACACAUUUGCCCAUCUCUGGUGCUAGGCCUGUAUUCUGAGAUGUUACUGUCUCCUCUCAGAUCUUUGACUGCCCGCGGCUCAAGUUCUCGGAGAUCCCCCAGCGUCUCACCAACCUACUCCUGCCCCCUGACCCCAUCGUCAUCAACCACGUCAUCAGGUGAGCAGCUCACACUUAAUACCUACAUGGCAAAUUCCUGGUUUUAAGGGUGAAUGCCGGGUCAUAAAACGCGACAUGAAAAAUUACAAAUUCUUUCAACAAAAAAAGUUGAAAAAGAUACAGUAUAAAAAUCCAGCUGAUUAAUAAGAAUGUGGGUACAGUGUUUCACAGGUAAUGCCGUCCCAAAGGGCAGAUAUUACAAUACAAAUGAAAAGGCUAGCAUGGGAGGCAAGAAUACUGGUAAGAUACAGAAAGACCACCAGCAUUCUCGCCUCCCAACCUUUUCAUUGUUCUUACCUGGUUAAAUACAUUUUUAUUACAUUUGAAAUGCUGCCAACAACCUCAAAGUCUUCUCACCAUCAUCCCCCCCGUUUACCUACAGUGUGGACCCUAACGACCAGAAGAAGACAGCGUGCUAUGACAUCGACGUGGAGGUGGAGGACCCCCUGAAGAGCCAGAUGAGCAGCUUCCUGCUCUCCACUGCCAACCAGCAGGAGAUCGCCUCACUGGACAACAAGGUGGGACAACCACACAGGAAGGAUAGCCAAUCACAAUUACCCAAGAUGACUUUUAAGGUAGAUUUACAUUGCGGAGAUGCGGGACGACUAAGUACCGUUCAGAGCAGUCUGACUCUGUUGGAUACAUUUCUAUCUGAUUCUCCCGGAGAAUCUUGUCGCCUGACAUGCUAUCACCAGGGUUGGGGUCAAUUCCAUUUCAACACUGAAAUUCCAAUUCCAAUUCUCUUUAAUGCUUUUCAAUGGGGCAAAUUUGGAAUUGGAAUUUAAGUGGAAUUUAAAUGGAAUUGACCCCAACACUUGCUAACACUUUUACGCACGCCUUGGGUAACCAUUAAUCUCACCAGUAUACAAUGCAGUGUAGGGAAAAGCUGAGGUGUCGGAAGCGGGAUUGUUGUUCCCGCAUCUCCGCAAUGUAAAUCUAUCUUUACCAUGUGUGUGACACCAAGGUGUUGUGGCUUCAUGUUCCUGUGUGAAAAGCCUUGCUCUUCACACUGCCACCACCGUUUCUUACACUAUCUGAAUACAAAUCCGUAGAAAACGCAGUGACUCAAAUCAAUUGGUGUAUUGAAAUUGGAAAGUCAUUUUCAUAUGCUUAGUAGAGUAGAUUUGUGUAAGCUGUCCUCUGACAUCAGUGAUCAUUAUGAACCCUUUAGAUCCAUGAGACCAUUGAGUCCAUCAACCAGUUAAAGAUCCAGAGGGACUUUAUGCUCAGCUUCUCCAGGGAUCCUAAGGGCUACAUCCAGGACUGGCUCAAGUCCCAGAGCAGAGACCUGAAGGUGAGGGCCACACACACACACAGACACACACACACACACACACACACAGACACACACACACACACACACACACACACACACACACACAUAUCACUAACCAUGCUCUCUUAUUGUCUGCAGCUGAUGACGGAUGUGGUGGGGAACCCCGAGGAGGAGAGGAGGGCAGAGUUUUACCACGAGCCCUGGUCCCAGGAGGCUGUCAGCCGCUACUUCUACAGCAAGGUGAGGAGACACGUCAAACAUUGCACCUUAAAACCUUUCAACAACUCACACAACACAGCAUCCAAGUAGGAACACAAACUGGGAAUUGAGAUCAGCGUGGAAUAGUCAUCUUUAGCUUUGAAGCUGUGCCUGCUCUGUUACACUAUUCUUACCACUACUGUAUAACACAAGCAAUCCAACUUUAUUUAAAUUACCCUUUUUACAGAUUGAUUGAUACUGGGUAUCGACCUCAGGUGUAUUGAUGUCAGGUGGUCUCUGUGUGUGUGAUGGUAAUGGUGAUGACACCCCUCCAUUCUACCCUCUCACAGAUCCAGCAGAGGAGACAGGAGUUGGAGCAGGCCUUGGCCGUGAGGAACACCUAAAUGCCCUGUCUCAGACAUCUCUCUCUCUGCACUCUUUAUCUGACCCCAGACCUGUGUUUCUGUGUGUUGUGUUUGUUUUUUGUCUGUUUUUUAAAUCGCUGUAGUAGUGACCUAUGACCUCUGGCCCAUCCCCCAAUUGCAUGUGUCCAAAAAACGUCCCUCAAUCUGUUCAGCUCUGACGGACCGAACAUCUCUCUCCAUACUCCUGUGAACACAGGCCCUCGGCGGACAUUUUGUUUCUCAAAAGAACCCUAACACAGUGGGUUGCUUUUAAUGUCAACCACUUAGGACCUACUAGCAUGUCACUGUCUUUCCAUAGAGACUAGAAGUCAUUGUACCAGCUGCCUGCAGAAUGAUCACUGUGUUUUAGAUCCUUCUCAUCUCAACCAGAUGGACUUUUCUGCUGAGUCCAGCAGUACUGUACAUAAAGAACGGUCAUAAUGGUCCACUGCGAUUUAUUCAGAUGAGCCCAAAGUGGUUGUUUGUAACCUAAUGUUUCAAGUGUCUUGACUCACACACAGUUUGGAUUGUGCCCAUUGUUUUAGUGUAUCAUUAGCUGUACAGUUCAUGUGAGCAAUAUGCUCCGAGUGUGCAUGAGUGUUUUGAUGUGUGGAACCAAAUUUACACCAGCAGAAUGAAGAUUACAGUAUGAAGUAAUGGGUCGGGACUUGGGCUAAUUUCCCUUCUGAAGCUCAAAUGUUGAGGUCUGUCAUUUAAAAAAUGAACUUGUUCAAGGAAGGCAGCUUUCAUGAAUGAGAUUUCCCCCCUUAUUAACUAAUCAAGAUGCAAUCGAAGAUUAGCUUAUUUUUUCCACCUUUCUACAGUAAUUCCCUUAAACAGUGUAACAGUAAAAGUAGAUCUCUGUAUAAGUGAAUAUAUUCCAUCAGAUUAAAAGGUGAAAGGGAUCAAGAUGAAUAAGACUCAUAUCUGUUGACUGUAGAGGAUAGAUGUUAAGGUGAGGAAGUAAUGGUAGGCGCAAGGCAAAGUAAUGUAGUAACACUUGGCGGCCAUAGCAUGGCGCCUUAGAGUCAGUACAGCCUGCAUGUUUUUACACAGACUAACUCUCUGUAACACAGAGCACCCAGACAGACUUGUCCCCUCACGGCACUUUUUGACCACGGUAAAUGACUGUGCAGAUGGAAUAACGUUUGUGUUGCUAUUUUAGACAGAUAUGUAUUUCAGGGGCUCAUUGUCCUGUCAUAAUAACUGUACAAAAGUCAUGUUUGGGAACGGUAUUAGUUACAGAUCCCUCUCAAUACUCAAAUCAGUGUUUUUAAUGUUAACGAAGGACACAUUUUGGAAUAUGAUGUGAGAGUAGCCAACACCAUUUUCUAUGUUAAAGAAUCAUGGGGUGGGCAGUGAAACUGCAGCCUGACAAAUGUUGGCCAGUAACUUUAGUAAUCCUAUUAUUCGAAAUGAAUGGGGAAAUAGGUAUUUGUUCAUUGUAUUUUUAGUUAACAUCUAUUGUGAACUACCUGUCCCAAGUGGAUCUGUCUGACAAUAUUUUGUCCUUGAACAUUUUGACAGAGUCACCAAUGGUCUCGAUUAGAAUGGUUAAAAUAGACAAUGAACAACGAUUACUGUGAUUUUGUCUAGGCCCGAUAAAGCUACGUUACCAGUUGAAAUUGUUCAAGGGUGAAUAUGACAACGUUUUUAAAGGAAACAUCUGAAUGUAAAUCAGUUUUUCUUUUCUUCAGGGAGAAGCAACUGUACAGCAUAUGACUGUCUGUUUGUGUCAGUGUGUUUGGUUUAGGGAACGGCGGGACAUAUGGGGUGGGAAGGAUCGGGGUCCAUAUGUUUAAAGCUGUAGGACAGGGACGCUAGUGUCCCUCUGUGUACACUUGGGGGGGGUGUAUUUUAGGCCCUUCUUGUUGAGUUUUAAUAGGGUAGAACCACAAAAUGUAAUGCUGGGUGUGAUGAUGCCUCCCUGUCUCCCCACCCACAGGGAUCGCCCAUCUCUUUAACUAACUUCCACAGCAACUCAGUUCUGGGCCCUUCUAGUUUUGUGUGUGUGUCCGAUGGGAUAAGCCUUCUCAGAAAUCAGUUUCUGAUUUGAAGUCAACACUGCUGUCUUCUGUAAGGUUCAGUCACAUCAAAAUUGUGUCCUUGUGACAUCUCUUUUGUGUCAACAUUCUCUUCAACAUGGCUGAGACCUAACUCAGCAUAAACAAAGAGGUUGGAUUUCUUAAAGACCUAUGCAUGCUGCAUGGACAGGUUUUAUACAUUUAAAACAGGACAUGUAAAUACUCUCACUAAUGCAUGGAAGUGGAUCUGGAGAGCAAUGGAUUUUACACAAUUUCCAUUGUGAAGGGGCCUUUUUCAACCAUUUGCUAAAAACCUGUGUGCUAUACCCAGCCAGCAUAGAUGUUAUCUGCAUAAGAGUUUUUGUUACUACAGGUUACAUGUAUUUCAACCGCACUAAGCAAGGAAGCAUAAUCGUUGUUGUAUUCAAUUAUGUGUCAAUCAAUACUUGUGUUUGACCCAGAUUGGUCUUGUAUGGUUGGCAGUCAUGGAGCAUUAUUGACUCUAGGGCUCCCCUUUCUGGGCAUUCUAGAAACUACAACUCAUGGACACCCUCUCAGUCUGACACGAUGGAAACCUUGUGUCAUCUGACUAUAGACUGUAACUAAACUGUGUGCUCCUCUCUCGCUGACAAAAAGCAUUCAUAUUGGUCUACCUGAAUGGAUAGCUGGUAACCGCAGUCUCUGCAUGACUUUGUGAGGAGAGCUCAUGUUCCUCACAGCUCUCUUUCUCUACUACACUGUUUUGACUGUUGGUCACCACCAUGGAGAUAUAGCUCUCACUUGUGCAAAUGUGUUGGGUUACCCCAUUCUACAAAAAAAGGAAGAAAAAAAUGGAAAAAUGACAACUACAGCUGUGACUCUGUGAGACAGCCUGGAUAUAAAUAAAGAAGCGCUUGCCAAAGUUUGUAAAUGCCAUCAGCUCUGCAAUGUGUGGUUUAUUGCUAAAUCAGGGGGAUGGGACUUAUCCGAAGAUCAAAUGUUUCAUGCUGAUCGAUGGUCUAAAUAGUAUAUCUCCUAGAAACAUCAAAUUGGAAAGACCAGAGUGGACUUUGCUAUAUUUCAUAGGUUUCAAAUUAAAUGGAAUCCAGCUGCCCAGGGGGCUAUAUCUAUCAAUGUGUAGCUUAGUCUAAAAACACCUUCAUAUACAGUGAGGGAAAAAAGUAUUUGAUCCCCUGCUGAUUUUGUAUGUUUGCCCACUGACAAAGACAUGAUCAGUCUAUAAUUUCAAUGGUAGGUUUAUUUGAACAGUGAGAGACAGAAUAACAACAAAACAAUUCCAGAAAAACGCAUAUCAAAAAUGUUAUAAAUUGAUUUGCAUUUUAAUGAGGGAAAUAAGUAUUUGACCCCUCUGCAAAACAUGAUUUAGUACUUGGUGGCAAAACCCUUGUUGGCAAUCACAGAGGUCAGACAUUUCUUGUAGUUGGCCACUAGGUUUGCACACAUCUCAGGAGGGAUUUUGUUCCACUCCUCUUUGCAGAUCUUCUCCAAGUCAUUAAGGUUUCGAGGCUGACGUUUGGCAACUCGAACCUUCAGCUCCCUCCACAGAUUUUCUAUGGGAUUAAGGUCUGGAGACUGGCUAGGCCACUCCAGGACCUUAAUGUGCUUCUUCUUGAGCCACUCCUUUGUUGCCAGGGCCGUGUGUUUUGGGUCAUUGUCAUGCUGGAAAACCCAUCCACGACCCAUUUUCAAUGCCCUGGCUGAGGGAAGGAGGUUCUCACCCAAGAUUUGACGGUAUAUGGCCCCGUCCAUCGUCCCUUUGAUGCGGUGAAGUUGUCCUGUCCCCUUAGCAGAAAAACACCCCCAAAGAAUAAUAUUUCCACCUCCAUGUUUGACGGUGGGGAUGGUGUUCUUGGGGGCAUUCCUCCUCCUCCAAACACGGCGAGUUGAGUUGAUGGCAAAGAGCUCGAUUUUGGUCUCAUCUGACCACAACACUUUCACCCAGUUCUCCUCUGAAUCAUUCAGAUGUUAAUUGGCUAACUUCAGACGGCCCUGUAUAUGUGCUUUCUUGAGCAGGGGGACCUUGCGGGCGCUGCAGGAUUUCAGUCCUUCACGGCUUAGUGUGUUACUAAUUGUUUUCUUGGUGACUAUGGUCCCAGCUGCCUUGAGAUCAUUGACAAGAUCCUCCCGUGUAGUUCUGGACUGAUUCCUCACCGGUCUCAUGAUCAUUGCAACUCCACGAGGUGAGAUCUUGCAUGGAGCCCCAGGCCGAGGGAGAUUGACAGUUACUUUGUGUUUCUUCCAUUUGCGAAUAAUCGCACCAACUGUUGUCACCUUCUCACCAAGCUGCUUGCCGAUGGUCUUGUAGCCCAUUCCAGCCUUGUGUAGGUCUACAAUCUUGUCCCUGACAUCCUUGGAGAGCAAUUUGGUCUUGGCCAUGGUGGAGAGUUUGGAAUCUGAUUGAUUGAUUGCUUCUGUGGACAGGUGUCUUUUAUACAGGUAACAAGCUGAGAUUAGGAGCACUCCCUUUAAGAGUGUGCUCCUAAUCUCAGCUCGUUCCCUGUAUAAAAGACACCUGGGAACCAGAAAUCUUUCUGAUUGAGAGGGGGUCAAAUACUUAUUUCCCUCAUUAAAAUGCAAAUCAAUUUAUAACAUUUUUGACAUGCGUUUUUCUGGAUUUUUUUGUUGUUAUUCUGUCUCUCACUGUUCAAAUAAACCUACCAUUAAAAUUAUAGACUGAUCAUUUCUUUGUCAGUGGGCAAACGUACAAAAUCAGCAGGGGAUCAAAUACUUUUUUCCCUCACUGUAGUACUGGGCCAAAUAGUAUUUGGCUUUGGUGAGAGGUAGAUCAUUUGAAUUUUUGGCAAUAAGCUGUCCGAUAAAAAUCAGAAGGGAGUAAUACUUCUAGCAGUCCUAGCAUGAGCAAGACGUCGUUUUGAGAUGGCAGACAAGUGAGUUAUUGUUGACCGUGUCUAAACAGGUGGAGUGCAUGCAGUAAUGCUAACCUACAACCUCAGCACUAGCUAGCUACCACAGAAAGAAACUCUUUCACCCCCCCCCUCCCCUCUGCCAAACCCUGGCCUGACAUCCAUUGCACAGGGGGCGGUUUCACCCCUCAGUGCAAUCCUCUCGCCCCCUGCCCAGAGAGGGAGGAAACAGAGAGGCUGUCAAGUGACCUAUUCAGUGCUCUGAACCCCCCUCCACCCGCCACACUAUGGAGAAACAGCUCCCCCCUCCCUCUCCCUGUUGGACUGUGGCCAGGUGGACAAAACCCACCCUGCUAGGGCAUUCUGAAUCUGCACUCCCUUCCCUAAGACACAUGUGUAGAGAAUUCCAUCCACAAUCCAGGGAGGCCCGGGUAGGGGUGGAGGGUUACUGACUUUAAUGUGAGGAGGCAGAUAUCAGGCUUCAGUACAAACCUGUACAUUGCUUCAGGGCGCAGCUCUAGAGGCAACCAGGAAGAAUACAGAGUUCAGAGCUAUAUGAUUGGAGGAAUAUCAACCACUACAAUCUACACCCCUAAUAGCUUGUCCUUGGCUCGCAAACCCUCAGUCCUGACUUGCAAAGUAUGCAUCACUCAUCUGUCGUUGUUGAGGCUGUAGUUCUCAAAGACAAGUCGUUUUAUUUUGUCUUCCCUAAUUGAGACCCCACGGUAAUGAAGCUGUGUUUCAAACUAACCUUGAACUGCACAAAAGAUAGAUAGCAAAGGAAAUAGCUAGGUCUGGGAUUCCACAAUAACAUAAGAAAAGCGUCAGAAUGCCUUUAAUAACUGUAGAAAUGUUUAUAAAACAGACCAUAUAUGUCGAGGGAAUGAAACAAACCACACUCUCUACAGGUUCGACAUACUGAGCCAAUUGAAAGACACAUAAGACACUUAAUUCUCUUUAAUUCCAGUAUUAGCAUCAUAAAUCAGCACAGUCAUGAAGGAAGAUAUAUAGCUCAUGAUGGUUUUCUCAAGGUAAAACAAAACAUCAGACAUAGGACUGGGCGAUAUGGCCAAAAUAUAAUAUCACGAUAUUUCUGCAUUUCCUGCACUAAUUUGUUAUCAUUUCCACACUGUGCCACGUAGCGCUGCAUGAUACGGGAAAACAAUAUAGGCCUAAUUAAUUGGUGAACUGUUGGAAUCAUGGAAAUAGAAUGAUUAUAUAUAUUAUUAUGAUUAAUAAAGAUUUCUUUUACAUUUUUACAUUUUUAGUAGACGCUCUUAUCCAGAGUGCAUACAUUUCUUUUUUUCAUACUGGCCCCCCGUGGGAAUCGAACCCACAACCCUGGCGUUGCAAGCGCAAGUGCCAUGCUCUACCAACUGAGCUACACGGGAAUAUAGUGGGCAGUACUUUGAAUAUAUUGUUGUUUGACAUGACAAUGAAUGAAAAAGCCAGGGAGGAAUUAUUGUGACAGGGUAGGAACCAAAGUGUUGGUCAGUGUUUCCCAGGGGACCCUAAUGUUACACUACAUAUUUCCUCUUACGUCAUGUAGCUAGCUAGCACUAGCUAACAUAUUCAUGCGUCGCCUAUUCAGCUCUGAUUUAGAAGAUACUUUUGCACAAACAACAUACUGAUCUAGGCCUACACCAGCACUGGUAUCAGGCUGUAUUAGCUAGCUACGUUUUCUCUGAGUACAUUUAGCUAGCUUGCUAGUCAGCUAACUAGCUAUUAGCCCAAACACAAUUUAUUUUAGCCACAACUUGCUAAGAAACUACAAAUUACUGGUUUGCGGACUGUAAUAUACAUAAACUAAUGUCAUUAUAGAACUGUUGUGGAUUUAUAUUAAGAAGCAAAAUGGAAAUCAGUAUAAUUUUCACCAACAUCUUGUUGCAUCUGACCAUGCAGACAGAGUGAACGGCACCACAUUGACAACCAACAGUGAAAGGGGGCAGGGCUUGGCGUGGGAAGCGCAUGGGGAAGUGGCAUGCAGGAGGAAAGAGACAGCUCAAGUAGCAAACGGAGUAAACUAUAAAAACUGACAUUACACGAGCCGGAGUGGCGUAUCACAUUUAACAAACCAAACAUUGAAAUACCGUUAUUGAAGAUAAAGUAAAAAAACUAACUGGUCCUAGCAUCAGUACAGGUACAUAGUAAAAUACGGUAUACCACCCAGCCCUAAUCAGACAUCAAUGUUGCUCAUUGUUCAUUCAUCACCUCCGAAUAGAGCCUCCCCUUGGCCUACCAUUUGUGUGAAAGCACAGAGUUCUGGCAGCCUGCACACACAGUUUGCAGGAAUACAUGUUGUAACAUUGUUCCUCAGUCUUCGCAGGCCUAAGAUUGCACAUGGGUCCUUAUUCCUUGGUCCUUAGGGAUCUGUUUAAAGAUUAAGCAUCCCAUAAUAUGCCUACUCCAAAAGUCUAGGCAGUGUGGUUGAGGUUCAUAAAGGCCAAAGGCACCAUGUCAUUCUAGAUGGUAGACCUACAGUAUGGUGCAUUUCCACUGUCAGGCUCUGCACCAGUGUUUGGCCCAAAGAUGUUGCCUUCUGAGGCCUGGUCCAGAAAAGUCUGGAGUGACACCAGUGCUGCAGUGGAAGAGCCCAACUAGACCCUCUAGGUGCUGUUGGCCUGCUCCUGCUCAAACAGGGCCAUGGCCAGGUGGGAUCGCGAGGCCAAGCCCUCCAGGUUACUGAGCACACAGCGGUGGUAGAUGUCCUCGCUGAAGCGCGGGUUGCACGCCCGCCGCACAUACUUCUGCACCAGCGCCGGCUCCACCGCCCGGAACACGUGCAAGCCCGAGUAGCGCACAAAGAUCUCGUACACGUCCAUGCUCUCCAGCAGCUCAUCGUUGUCCAGGAUGUCGGCGGCCAUCUUGGUGCGCGCAGCCAUGUAGUCGGCGUUGUAGAAGCAGGCCUCCUCGAAGACGUGGCGGUCGAAGCGUCCAUCGCGCAGCGCCUCGGCAGUGAAGGAGGAGGCAGCUGAGGGCUGCUGGUCGCGGUACACAAUUGCCGGGCUGAAUUCCUGGAAGUGGACGGGGAAGAACACCUGCCAGUUGCUGAUGGCAUUCAUGCGGCAGCGGUUGAGGAAGUCGGCGUUGACCUCGGUCCACACCGAGGCCAGGAAGAAGAGCGUAUCCACCGGGUGCUUCUUGGAGAUGAUGUCCAUCAGCUUGACCUGUGACGGCACCUCCGUCUUCACGCUGAUCCAGGGGAUCUUCACGUCGCUAUAA